UUCGUCGGGAAAAAAGAGGAUUUUCUCUCGAAUGUGGAAAACAAACAGGCUAUGAUUGGUCUGAUCGCAAAAUGCUUGAAGCAGAAAGGCUGCCAUGUCAUCCUAGCUGAGGGAGAUGCAGACGUGGACAUAGUAAAGGCCGCAGUCUCGAUGUCUGGGUACAAGUCUACAACGCUCAUUGGUGAAGAUACUGACUUGUUGAUUCUCCUUCUGUAUCAUGCGACUCUUAAGGACAGCCAUGAGAUCUACUUCCGUUCAGAUAAAACCGGGGAUAAAACAAAACAAUAUGUGUACAACAUCAAUGUUCUGAAACAGAUAUUAGGUGAUGAUUUAUGUACUGAUCUGCUGUUUGUUCAUGCGUUCACAGGUUGCGAUACGACUUCAAGAAUCUUUGGGAUUGGCAAAAAAUCCGUUUUUCAAAAAAUUAUCAAGGGGGAAUCCGUGUUUCGUACAUGUUCAAAGAUUUUUUGUUCACCAGACAAAGAUCGAGAUACCGUUGAAAGUGCUGGCUGUAAGGCAAUGGUUUUAUUGUUUAAUGGGAAUCAAAACGAAUCUCUCGCAACCCUUAAGUACAAUUCGCUCUGUAAGAAAGUUUCAAGAGCCAAGACAUUCGUCACACCUGAACGACUUCCGCCAACUGCUUCUGCCACUAGAUUUCACUCGCUGAGGACGCAUUACCAAGUUAUGGUCUGGAUGGGCAUAAGUGAGGACAUGGUCUCUAACGACUGGGGAUUUAAAGUUCAAGUGGACAAACUCAUUCCGAUCAUGAUGGAUAAGGACCAUGCUCCCGAGGUUCUCCUCAAAAUGAUCCACUGCAACUGUUCCACUGGUUGUAACACGCUAAGAUGUACCUGUAAAAAACAUGGGCUUGAUUGUACAAGCGCAUGCGGACCUUGCCAAGAAGGGAACUGUGACAACAUGACACUGGGGCCAAUACUAGAUGAAGACGAUGACGAAGAACAAUGA